CUUACUCCACUCUCUCUCUCUCUCUCUCUCUCUCUCUCUCUCUCUCUCUCUCUCUCUCUCUCUCAUGCAGCUACCUCGCAGAAAAACGGCAUUUCCCCUUGAAUCUGUGUCAAUGAAGACACGCAAGAACAACAACCUCCCCAUAUUCGUGGUGGUCUUCUCAAUAUUCCUCUUUGGGAUCUUCAUGUACAACGAGGAUGUGAAGUCCAUUGCCGAAUUUCCAUUCUCAACGCCUAAGGCUCAGGAGCUCCAAGAAGAUGAGUCAAAACAGAGCAACCCUGUUCAAGAAUCAAAACAGAGCAACCCUGGUCAAGAAACAAAAGAGAACACCCCUGUUCAAGAGACCAAACAGAGUGACUCUGUUCAAGAAACCAAACCGAGCGAAAUCCAACACAGGGUUUCACUGAGUUCAAGAGCUCAAUUGGAAGAAACCCAGUUGGAGAAUAGCUCCGAGGAAACCCAAGAACCGGUUGAUCUGAAAUCCAUCACGGAAAAAGAUGAUGAACAGAAGAUUGAAUUGUUGGGUUCUCAACAACCAGAGGAAGAGGAAGAAGAGGAAGAGAUUGAAUUGCCUCCAGAAGACUGUGAUUUGUUUAAUGGAGACUGGGUUUUCGAUCCUGUCACCCACCCACUGUACAAAGAAGAUGAAUGCGAGUUUCUCACAGCGCAAGUGACUUGCAUGAGAAAUGGAAGAAAGGACUCUCUGUACCAACAUUGGAGAUGGCAACCCAGAGAUUGUAAUCUCCCAAAGUUCAAUGCAAGGCUGUUGCUGGAGAAAUUGAGAAACAAGAGGCUAAUGUUUGUUGGAGACUCACUGAACAGAAACCAGUGGGAAUCCAUGAUAUGUUUUGCUCAGUCAAUCAUUCCUUCAGGCAGAAAGAACUUGACAAAGAAUGGCUCUCUCUCUGUUUUCAGAAUUGAGAAUUUGAAAAAAAUACAGAGGGAAUAG